AGGAAAGCCUGGCAAAAGUUGUAAUGAGUCCAUAAAGGAUAUGGGAGAGAUUACCUUUCCUACAGGCAGAUAUAGAUAUUAUAGGAAUGAAGAGAGAUCAAGAGGGAUAAAAUUUUCCUAAAUUCCCUCAACUUUGUUAUAUAAGGUAUAUUAAAUGAUAGGAAGUUGUGUCUUAGUGGUAUGUAGAGCACAUGAUACUACUGAGACAAUUAUUUGGCAGAGUGAAUUAAAAUGCUGCUCUUUAAAUAAAAUAAAAUGGGAGUCUCCAAAAUAAUGAGCUCAUUUGUUCCCAGGCAUUCUUGAUCAUUGACAUGGACAGGUACAGCACAGUUGCUUACAUAUUUGUUGGUUGUGUCAGGGAAUGAAUGGGAUGCUCUGCCAAUUGCUGGCAGUAUAUAAAGGUCCAAGGGAAGUAGAGACUGCACUUCACCACAUCCACUUGCAAACCACCUGAAUUCUCUUCUCCUGACAACAUGUGUUGCAACUACGGGAACUCCUAUGGCUAUGGCUGCGGAUGCGGCUAUGGCUACAGAUGUGGCCCCUAUUCUGGCUGUGGUUAUAGAACUGGUUAUGGCUGUGGCUAUGGCUCAGGUUAUGGCUGUGGCUGUGGCUAUGGCUCAGGUUAUGGCUGUGGCUGUGGCUCAGGUUAUGGCUGUGGCUGUGGCUAUGGCUCAGGAUGGGGUUGUGGAAGAGGCUCCUGCUAUGGAUGUGGAUAUGGCUCUGGCUGCUGGGGCUACCGGCCCCUUUGCUACAGAAGAUGUUAUUCUUCUUGCUGCUAGACCACCACUCUCCAAGCACCACUAGCUUCUGAAAUGACACAUCUAAAGAGACAAUUGAUUCAAGGAUCCAUACUCCAGGAUUUCUAUGUCCAGGAAACUGCAUGCUUGACAGAGUCUUUGAGCCCCAGUGAACAUUUGUUACGAUGGCUUCUUGUGCCUGGAGGUUGUGUGGCAUCAUCUGACUAUUUCCCAAAAGUUGGUUUUUACUUCCUUAAUCUGGAUUCCGUAUUGUGACUGUGCCAGCAAU